UUGAUAAGGUAGUACAAAGGGAACGCGAUUUCUGGUUCGUUUAAUUGAAUAAUUCUUUCAAUUUUCAACAUUUAGUGUGCAAUAAAAGGUUGCUGCGUUAAAACUAUUUGCUGCAAGGGAUAUCUGAUAUGUUUUUCUUCUGUUGUUUAAAUGUAAUUUAUUGUCAACUUAGCCAGAGAGGGAUUGUUUUGUCACAUAUUUUUACGUUAACGUGAAUCACUAGGAUGUCAAAAAACUGACAGAUGAACAACAAGGUGUAAUCAUGAAGUGUAACAAACCCUCAUUAAUCGAUAACUUGUGCAACUGAUAUUAAUUGUAGCGUACAAAAAGACUAAAGAAAAAUUUCUGAUUCUAUCUUUUUAAACGGGUAUUACCGACUUCUUAAAGAAACGAGAAAAAUAACGGUUUUGUGAAAAAAAAUCAAGUUUUGCUGAAGUCAAGUGCUUGGAUAUACAUGUGCGUCCUUAAAGAAUUUACACAAAAGUGUGUGUGGUGCAUGAUGGAAUAGUUAACAGUUUUAGAUGAAAAAUGAAACAAAAAAUUCACAUCCAACGCGGGUGAUUCAGGACAAACUGAACUUCCGGUCAAGAACAUGAAGUGGAAUACAAGAUGGUUAGGUGUUGGUUUAAUGGCAGCUGUGGCUAUUUUCGCAACACUCCAGCUGAUUCAAGUUAGCAACCAAUAUAACAAUCUACCUGGGCGAGAAAUGUCAGUAUUGGAGCAUGCGCAAACCCUUUUGAAAAGAUCAUGCCGCGAAGAAUUUCCGGUUCCGCAAGGUGUGCGCGUGUUCUCUGACGGAAGAGAAGUGCACCAUUUUGCUUUUCUCAAGGUUCACAAAGCGGCAAGUGGAACAGCUACCUCUAUUUUCUUCCGGUUCGGAAUGACAAGAGGUUUAACGUUUGUUUUGCCCAAGUGGUUGAAUAUCGUCAGCUCAACCGACACAUUGAUAGAGAAACAAAUUCAUCCUCGUCUAAAUAAAUCAUUCGAUAUUAUGACGAGUCACGUGAUUUAUAACAAAACCGCGUUUGAAAGAUUUCUGCACAAAGAUUCCGUUUACAUUGGCAUUAUUCGUGAGCCAUAUCAACAGUUUAAAUCCAGUAUGAAUUAUAUGGCGCCAAAAUAUGUAUACAACAUAUCAAAAGUAAAUCCAAUUCAGCAAUAUCUACAGAAUCCUCUCAAAUUUGAAACUGCCAAAAGUCCACGAUUUUCGUGGAUCAACAAUCGUCAGGCUGCAGAAUUUGGUACUCCUGAUGACGUCAUAAUGAAAAGGAACAAAACGGCAAUGAAUGAGUAUGUGCAAAAGCUUGACAAAGAAUUCCAUUUAGUGAUCAUUUCAGAAUAUUUUGAUGAAUCUAUUGUUCUGCUCCGGAGGAUGUUAAACUGGAGUUUGAAAGAUAUUCUGUACAGACGACUUCAUACACGUGGUUGGGAUCGUAAGGUAACUCUUCCCAGACCACAUGAUCGGAAGCUGUACCGCCGGUAUGCCUUCGCUGACUACGCCAUUUAUGACUUCUUUUACAAAAAACUUUGGAAGCAGGCCAUCCAGGCAGGCGAAGACUUUUUCGGCGAAGUCCUCCACUUCAAACAGGUAAGAGAUGAAGUGGACGAUUUUUGCAAAGUAUAUCCGAAUAUUACGGAAACGUAUACUGUUGAAAAAAGUGAGUGGAAUAAAGCGUUUAUUGUGGAAAAAGAGUUCUGUGGCAUGAUGUUUGCCGAGGAAGAAGACUGGGUAAAGAAAGUAGCUCUCAAACAGUAUAAUAUACAACCGAAAUGAACACUGCUAGAAUGAAACUUCAACUAAUUUUGGCGCGGAAAGCGUGCGGUAAACGCAAAAAUCAGCUUUAUUUAAAGGAUGUGUUAACCUGAAGUUUAAAAAUACUCUACAUACUUUGCAUUUAAUUAAAUCUGGAAUGAAACUUGUGGCAUUGGGAGCCUGGUUUGGCAGAAUAUGCAAGCGACUUUGUAUAGGAAUGGGAAAAAAAGCAACAACGCUGAUAGUUUUAAGAAAAUAACCGGAAAUGAUAACCGGCAAUUUCCGUCCGAUCACGUGGGCCAUUUCCGUAUACUUCGGUGGUACCGGAUCGUUUGCUUUAAAUGUAGACGCAUUUUUACGAAAUUGCUUGUAUAGGUAAAAGGUAAAUGAAAACAUUUAGAUAAAUCGCUUCAAAUUGAAAUUUGUGGAAUGAAAUUUAAGUAUUUGUUCUUCUGAGAUGAAAAACUGGACUUUAAUUUAAACGGCUUUUAAAUCUGUUUUAAAACACAUGGAAUAGCUGUCCAAAUAGAAUAAUGUGCAUAUCAUAAUAAAUUAUGGUAAAAAACAUCUACUUUCAACAUUGCAAAUGAACUUUAAAAGGCAAUACAGUCAUAAAGGUAGGUAAUAAAAACAGUGGAUUUAAUAAAAUGUUCUGCUUUGAAAAUCAAUAAUUACAUUGACAAAUAGAAGAAAGUGAGGAUUUAAAUUUUUUUUAUAUAUUUAUGUUCAUAACAAAAAAAAAACGUAAAAAUUGUUUUAAGUUAUAAACAAAAGCAUUUUGACCCUUUUAGGUGUUUGAUUAUAGCAAAAACGAAAGGUGUUCAACGAUGUUAUAUCAAAGUGCAACAUCGAUCAAGAAAGAUAAAAUUUAUAUAUUUUGUGUAGGAUAUAAGUACAACAUUUACUACAAAAAUACAGUUCGGGUUAGGGUUGAAAUUGGGGCAAACUUAGUUUUACAUGGAGUUGUAUAGGGAAAAACAUUUAAAAAAUCUUCUUGUCUUGAACCACAAUGCACUGGGCUUAGAUAUGUGGCAUGCAUUAUCUAGUCGACCUAAAAUCAUGACCGAUCAAUGUACAAUGAAAUGUUGAAUGUUGAAAUAUCAAUAAGCACUGGCUAUCAGUCCUUCCAGGGCUUUGAUUUGACAUUACAUUGUCUUAAUAUAAUUACCCGCUAGUUCUUUUUAAUUUAAGCACACAUCUGGAUCAACAUGUUUGUAAUAAGUGAUAACAUACUAAAAUUUCAAAACUAUCGAAUAUGGCAAACGUAUGAGUUUUUUCUUUAUUUUACUACCUGUCUCUAAAAACGCGAUAAUAUUGUGAUUUUAGAAAGCGGGUGAAUAACACUUAUAAAGAUGUGUACAUUUAUUUCUGGAAAGUAGCUAAAUUUCAUACAAGUAUCUUUUUUGUUUUGGCUGGGUACAUCAACGACUUUAUUUUUUAUAAUAAUAUAUAAUAUAUGAUAUUGUUCUUAAUGUUCACUAGUCUCUAUUUUAUGGCUUUUGAAAUUGAUUGAUGUCGUGAAAUGAGUAAAUUUAUACGAUGUCACUGUUUAGUCAGUUUAAACAUAUGUGAAAUCUAAUACAGGAUGUGUGCCUCUAUAAAUAAUUAUAAAGUCUGAAAAUAAAUACUUAACGAAGGUAAUACGCAAGUUUUAGAAGCGUCAUUUACUUUCAUCUUUAUUUAAGAACAGUUGUUAGUGGUAAUAUAGAAACAAAAAAUAUGAUGUGAUAUUCUGCAAAGGUUUGACUGUAGUCUGUUAUUUUCUUCAGUGUAAGUUACUUCAUAUUUAUUGCAUUCUAUUUCAGUUUAUUCUAUAUUUCACUUAGCUCUGACAAAAGAAUCUCAGUUUGAAGUAACGUGAUUUUUUUUUUGAAUUCGAAAAUUUCGGAAGGUUUCUGUUAUUGUCAUUACAUCUGUUUUCCGGAGAAGUACCAGUACUGGCCUCCUGUUUUGGUGUGAGACACUCAAGAGCAUCUCAGAAAUAUCCGAGUGUCUUGUUGAAUUCUGUAGUUAUGAUUUAAAAAGUUUACGAUAGUAUCUUUUAAAUGUGAUCCAAAAAAAAAAAAAAAAUAGAA